GGACGCGCAGCUAAGGCGGCGGCGGGCGCAGCCUCCGGGAGCGGGACCGGGAGCGCCGCCGGAAUGGAGCUGCCGAGCCGUCCAUAGCCCGCCCCGCCGCCUCCGCAGCCAGGGGCAAUAAGCCAGAGAUGACUGACAAGAUGUCGAGCUUCCUUCAUAUUGGAGAUAUUUGUUCUCUCUAUGCAGAGGGCUCAACAAAUGGAUUUAUUAGCACUUUGGGCCUUGUGGAUGAUCGGUGUGUUGUACAGCCAGAAGCAGGUGAUCUUAACAACCCACCCAAAAAAUUCAGAGAUUGCCUGUUCAAGCUGUGUCCCAUGAACCGCUACUCGGCGCAGAAGCAGUUCUGGAAGGCAGCGAAGCCAGGAGCCAACAGCACCACGGAUGCUGUGCUGCUCAACAAACUGCACCAUGCAGCAGAUCUGGAAAAGAAACAGAAUGAAACUGAAAACAGAAAACUGCUGGGAACAGUCAUCCAGUAUGGGAAUGUCAUCCAGGUAGGCUGUGAACAUCUGUGCCAGGUUGUCAUUGGAGACAAAGUAGUCCUGAAUCCUGUCAAUGCUGGCCAGCCUCUCCAUGCCAGUAGCCAUCAGCUUGUGGAUAAUCCAGGAUGCAAUGAGGUCAACUCAGUGAACUGCAACACCAGCUGGAAAAUCGUGCUCUUCAUGAAAUGGAGCGACAACAAGGACGACAUCCUGAAAGGGGGGGACGUGGUGAGGCUGUUCCACGCCGAGCAGGAGAAGUUCCUGACGUGUGACGAGCACAGGAAGAAGCAGCACGUGUUCCUCAGGACCACGGGCAGGCAGUCGGCCACGUCUGCCACCAGCUCCAAAGCCCUGUGGGAGGUGGAGGUGGUGCAGCACGAUCCCUGCCGGGGGGGAGCUGGCUACUGGAACAGCCUCUUCAGGUUCAAGCACCUGGCCACGGGGCACUACCUGGCAGCAGAGGUAAACCCUGACUAUGAGGAAGAUGACCUGGAGUGUCAAUCCUCACUGGACCCCGAGCAGGAGGCGGCGCGGCGGGGCCGGGGGCCCCAGGAGAAGAUGGCCUAUUCCCUGGUGUCCGUGCCUGAGGGCAAUGACAUCUCCUCCAUCUUCGAGCUGGACCCCACCACCCUGCGAGGAGGAGACAGCCUGGUCCCCAGGAACUCCUACGUGAGGCUCAGGCACCUCUGCACCAACACCUGGGUCCACAGCACCAACAUCCCUAUUGAUAAAGAGGAGGAGAAACCUGUGAUGCUGAAAAUUGGGACCUCUCCAGUGAAGGAGGACAAAGAAGCUUUUGCUAUAGUGCCAGUCUCGCCUGCAGAGGUUCGGGACUUGGAUUUUGCCAAUGAUGCAAGCAAAGUUUUAGGUUCCAUUGCUGGCAAGCUGGAAAAGGGAACAAUAACCCAGAAUGAAAGGAGAUCUGUUACCAAACUGUUGGAGGAUUUGGUCUACUUUGUUACUGGUGGAACUAAUUCUGGCCAGGACGUGCUUGAGGUGGUGUUUUCUAAACCUAACAGAGAACGGCAAAAGCUGAUGAGAGAGCAGAACAUUCUGAAGCAGAUUUUCAAGCUGUUGCAAGCACCCUUCACGGACAGCGGGGACGGGCCGAUGCUGCGGCUGGAGGAGCUGGGGGACCAGCGCCACGCGCCCUUCAGGCACAUCUGCAGGCUCUGCUACAGGGUGCUCAGGCACUCCCAGCAGGACUACAGGAAAAAUCAGGAAUACAUUGCCAAGCAGUUUGGCUUCAUGCAGAAGCAGAUUGGCUAUGAUGUCUUGGCUGAGGACACCAUCACAGCCCUGCUCCAUAACAACCGCAAGCUCCUGGAGAAGCACAUCACAGCUGCUGAGAUUGACACCUUUGUGAGUCUCGUGAGGAAAAAUAGGGAGCCCAGGUUUUUGGAUUACCUCUCGGAUCUGUGCGUUUCCAUGAACAAGUCUAUUCCCGUGACACAGGAGCUGAUUUGUAAGGCCGUGCUGAACCCCGCCAAUGCAGACAUUCUCAUUGAAACCAAGCUGGUGCUCUCACGAUUUGAAUUUGAGGAGGUGUCGAGUGGAGAAAAUGCCUUGGAGGUCGGAGAGGACGAGGAGGAAGUGUGGCUGUUCUGGAGGGACAGCAACAAGGAGAUCCGCAGCAAGAGCAUCCGGGAGCUGGCCCAGGACGCCAAGGAGGGGCAGAAGGAGGAUCGGGACGUGCUCAGCUACUACAGAUACCAGCUGAACCUCUUUGCUCGGAUGUGCCUUGACCGCCAGUACUUGGCCAUCAACGAGAUCUCGGGGCAGCUGGACGUGGACCUGAUCCUGCGCUGCAUGGCCGACGAGAACCUGCCCUACGACCUGCGCGCCUCCUUCUGCCGCCUGAUGCUGCACAUGCACGUGGACAGGGACCCCCAGGAGCAGGUGACCCCGGUCAAGUACGCCCGCCUCUGGUCCGAGAUCCCCUCCGAGAUCGCCAUCGACGACUAUGAUAGCAGUGGAACUUCCAAAGAUGAAAUUAAGGAGAGAUUUGCACAAACAAUGGAAUUUGUAGAGGAAUAUUUAAGAGAUGUGGUGUGUCAGAGGUUCCCUUUCUCUGAUAAAGAGAAAAAUAAGCUCACUUUUGAGGUGCUUUCUAACGUCUUUAGAUUUUACAUUUUGGCCCCCAAAACUGCCUCCAGGACUGGAGGGAGCAAUGUGAUGAGGUCCAUCCACGGCGUGGGGGAGCUGAUGACCCAGGUGGUGCUCAGGGGCGGGGGGUUCCUGCCCAUGACUCCCCUGGCAGCUGCCCCCGAGGGGAAUGUCAAGCAGAGUGAGCCAGAGAAGGAGGACAUCCUGGUCAUGGACACCAAGCUGAAGAUCAUCGAGAUACUCCAGUUUAUUCUGAACGUGCGGUUGGACUACAGGAUCUCCUGCCUGCUUUGCAUAUUUAAACAUGAAUUUGAUGAAAGCAAUGCCCAGAUGUCUGAAUCCCCCACUGGAAGCAGUAGUCAAGAGAUGCCAACUAAUGUACCAGGAGCCCUGGACUUUGAACACAUUGAAGAACAAGCUGAGGGGAUCUUUGGUGGAAGGAAAGUAUCUCUUCACAGUGAGGAGAACACCCCUCUGGAUUUGGAUGAUCACGGGGGCAGGACUUUCCUCCGGGUGCUGCUGCAUUUAACGAUGCACGAUUACCCUCCCCUGGUGUCUGGUGCCUUGCAGCUGCUCUUCAGGCACUUCAGCCAGAGACAAGAAGUCCUUCAGGCUUUCAAGCAGGUUCAACUGCUCGUUACCAGCCAAGAUGUUGACAACUACAAGCAGAUCAAACAAGAUUUGGACCAGCUGAGGUCAAUAGUGGAGAAAUCUGAGCUCUGGGUGUACAAAGGCCAAGGUCCUGAUGAGGCCAUGGACAGUGUGCCAGGUGAAAACGAGCACAAGAAGAAAGAGGAAGGUCACAGCAAGUCUCAAAAGCCUGAAAGUACUAGCAGCUACAACUACCGGGUAGUAAAAGAGAUCCUGCUGCGGCUCAGCAAGCUCUGCGUGCAGGAGGGGGCCUCGGUGAGGAAGAGCAGGAAGCAGCAGCAGCGACUCCUGAGGAACAUGGGAGCUCACGCCGUGGUGCUGGAGCUGCUGCAGAUCCCUUACGAGAAGGCUGAAGACACGAGGAUGCAGGAGAUAAUGAAGCUUGCACACGAGUUCCUGCAGAAUUUCUGUGCUGGGAACCAACAGAACCAGGCCUUGCUGCACAAGCACAUAAACCUGUUCCUUAACCCAGGGAUCCUGGAAGCAGUGACGAUGCAGCACAUUUUCAUGAACAACUUCCAGCUCUGCAGCGAGAUCAACGAGCGCGUGGUUCAGCACUUCGUCCACUGCAUCGAGACGCACGGCAGGAACGUUCAGUACAUCAAGUUCCUGCAGACCAUAGUCAAGGCAGAGGGGAAAUUCAUUAAGAAAUGCCAAGAUAUGGUAAUGGCUGAGCUGGUGAAUGCAGGGGAAGAUGUGCUGGUCUUCUACAACGACAGAGCCUCCUUCCAGACCCUGGUGCAGAUGAUGAGGUCAGAGAGGGACAGGAUGGAUGAGAACAGCCCCCUGAUGUACCACAUCCACCUGGUGGAGCUGCUGGCUGUGUGCACAGAGGGCAAAAACGUCUACACAGAAAUCAAAUGCAACUCCCUGCUCCCUCUGGAUGACAUUGUCAGGGUGGUGACCCACGAGGAUUGCAUACCUGAGGUCAAAAUAGCAUACAUCAACUUCUUGAAUCACUGCUAUGUGGAUACAGAAGUAGAAAUGAAAGAGAUUUACACCAGUAAUCACAUGUGGAAGCUGUUUGAGAACUUCCUGGUGGACAUCUGUCGGGCCUGCAACAACACCAGUGACAGGAAGCACGCAGACUCCAUCCUGGAGAAGUACGUGACCGAGAUCGUCAUGAGCAUCGUCACCACCUUCUUCAGCUCCCCCUUCUCCGACCAGAGCACCACCCUGCAGACUCGGCAGCCCGUGUUCGUGCAGCUGCUGCAGGGGGUGUUCAGGGUGUACCACUGCACCUGGCUCAUGCCCAGCCAGAAGGCCUCUGUGGAGAGCUGCAUCCGCGUGCUCUCCGACGUAGCCAAAAGCAGAGCGAUUGCCAUUCCCGUGGACUUGGACAGUCAGGUGAACAACUUGUUCCUGAAGUCCCACAACAUCGUGCAGAAGACGGCCAUGAACUGGCGCAUGACGGCGCGGAACGCCGCGCGCAGGGACUCGGUGCUCGCCGCCUCCAGGGACUACAGGAACAUCAUCGAGAGGUUACAGGACAUCGUGUCAGCCUUGGAGGAUCGCCUGCGCCCUCUGGUCCAGGCAGAGCUGUCAGUGCUGGUGGAUGUGCUCCACAGGCCUGAGCUGCUCUUCCCAGAGAACACGGAUGCCAGGAGGAAAUGUGAAAGUGGAGGUUUCAUUUGCAAGUUAAUUAAGCACACAAAGCAGCUGCUGGAGGAGAAUGAGGAGAAACUGUGUAUUAAGGUAUUACAGACGCUCAGGGAAAUGAUGACCAAAGAUAGAGGCUAUGGAGAAAAGGGCGAGGCCCUGAGGCAGGUUUUGGUGAACCGCUACUACGGCAACGUGCGCGCGGCCGGCCGGCGCGAGAGCCUCACCGCCUUCGGCAACGGGCCCCUGGCCGCCGGCAGCCCCGGCAAGGCCGGCCCGGGAGGAGGAAGCUCUGGGUCGAGCUCAAUGAGCCGAGGGGAGAUGAGCCUGGCAGAUGUCCAGUGCCACCUGGAUAAAGAAGGUGCUUCCAACCUGGUCAUAGAUCUCAUCAUGAAUGCCACCAGUGACAGAGUCUUCCACGAGAGCAUCCUGCUGGCCAUUGCCCUGCUGGAAGGUGGGAACACCACGAUACAGCAUUCCUUCUUCUGCCGACUGACGGAAGAUAAGAAAUCUGAGAAGUUCUUUAAGGUUUUUUAUGACCGCAUGAAAGUGGCACAGCAAGAAAUCAAGGCAACUGUCACAGUCAACACCAGUGACUUAGGAAACAAAAAGAAAGAUGAAGACUCGGACAGAGAUGUCCCCAACAGGAAAAGAGUGAGGGAGCCCAUGACCCAGAUCACGGAGGAGGUGCGGGACCAGCUGCUGGAGGCGUCCGCGGCCACGCGCAAGGCGUACAACACCUACCGGAGAGAGGCCGACCCCGAGGAGCACUACUCGGCAGGGGAGGGAGCCCAGGCUGCAGCAGACAAGAGCAAAGAUGAGCUGGAGAUGAGUGCUGUCAUCUCCAUCAUGCAGCCCAUCCUGCGCUUCCUGCAGCUGCUCUGUGAAAACCACAACCGGGACUUGCAGAAUUUCCUACGCUGCCAGAACAACAAGACAAACUACAACCUGGUGUGUGAGACACUGCAGUUCCUGGACUGCAUCUGUGGGAGCACCACUGGGGGACUUGGACUCCUGGGUCUGUAUAUAAAUGAGAAAAACGUGGCCCUGAUCAACCAGACGCUGGAAAGUUUGACUGAGUACUGCCAGGGGCCCUGCCACGAGAACCAGAACUGCAUUGCUACCCACGAGUCCAACGGCAUUGACAUCAUCACAGCAUUAAUUCUCAAUGACAUCAACCCUCUGGGAAAGAAGAGGAUGGACCUCGUGUUGGAGCUGAAGAACAACGCCUCCAAGCUGCUCCUGGCCAUCAUGGAGAGCAGGCACGACAGCGAGAACGCGGAGAGGAUCCUCUACAACAUGAGGCCCAAGGAGCUGGUGGAGGUGAUCAAGAAGGCCUAUCUGCAGGGAGAGGUGGAGUUUGAGGAUGGGGAGAACGGGGAAGAUGUCGCGGCGUCUCCGAGGAACGUGGGACACAACAUUUAUAUCUUGGCUCAUCAGUUGGCUCGUCACAACAAAGAGCUGCAGAACAUGCUGAAGCCAGGGGGUCAGAUCGAGGGGGACGAGGCGCUGGAGUUCUACGCCAAGCACACGGCGCAGAUCGAGAUUGUCAGGUCGGACCGCACCAUGGAGCAGAUCGUGUUCCCCGUGCCCAGCAUCUGCGAGUUCCUCACCAAGGAGUCCAAGCUGCGCAUCUACUACACCACGGAGAGGGACGAGCAGGGCAGCAAGAUCAACGACUUCUUCCUCAAGUCUGAGGACCUCUUCAACGAGAUGAACUGGCAGAAGAAGCUGCGAGCUCAGCCUUUCCUGUACUGGUGUGCUCGGAACAUGUCCUUCUGGAGCAGCAUUUCCUUUAACCUGGCUGUCCUCAUGAACCUGCUCGUGGCAUUUUUCUACCCAUUCAAGGGGAUUCGAGGAGGCACGCUGGAGCCCCACCUGUCUGGCUUGCUGUGGACAGCCAUGCUCAUCUCCCUGGCCAUCGUCAUCGCCCUGCCCAAGCCCCACGGCAUCCGCGCCCUCAUCGCCUCCACCAUCCUGCGCCUCAUCUUCUCCGUGGGCCUGCAGCCCACCCUCUUCCUGCUGGGAGCCUUCAAUGUGUGUAAUAAAAUCAUUUUCCUGAUGAGUUUUGUGGGUAACUGCGGAACCUUCACGCGAGGAUACAAGGCCAUGAUCAUGGACGUGGAGUUCCUCUAUCACCUGCUCUACCUGCUGAUCUGUGCCCUGGGGCUCUUCGUGCACGAGUUCUUUUACAGCCUCUUGCUCUUUGACCUGGUGUACCGGGAGGAGACGCUGCUCAACGUCAUCAAGAGCGUCACCCGCAACGGGCGCUCCAUCAUCCUGACGGCCGUGCUGGCCCUCAUCCUGGUCUACCUGUUCUCCAUCGUGGGCUACCUCUUCUUCAAGGAUGACUUCAUCCUGGAAGUGGACAAGCUCCCCAACGAGACCCUGCUGCCAGAUCACACAGAGCCCGGUGAAACCAUGACUGGCGAGUUCCUCUACUCAGACCUGUGCAAGGCAGGGAGCAGUGAAAACUGCUCCUCCAUCAUUCCCUCCGACCAGCUGAUCACUGAGGAGAUGGAGGAAGAGAACAAGGAGCAUACGUGCGAGACGCUGCUGAUGUGCAUUGUUACUGUUCUGAGUCACGGGCUCAGGAGCGGGGGUGGAGUAGGUGAUGUGCUCAGGAAACCUUCCAAAGAGGAACCUCUCUUUGCUGCUAGAGUGAUCUACGACCUGUUGUUCUUCUUCAUGGUCAUCAUCAUUGUCCUGAACCUGAUUUUUGGGGUGAUCAUUGACACUUUUGCUGAUUUAAGGAGUGAAAAGCAGAAGAAAGAAGAAAUUUUAAAAACAACUUGCUUUAUUUGUGGUUUGGAGAGAGAUAAGUUUGACAACAAGACAGUGACCUUUGAAGAGCACAUUAAGGAGGAGCACAACAUGUGGCACUAUUUGUGCUUUAUUGUCUUAGUGAAAGUCAAGGAUUCCACAGAAUACACAGGACCAGAGAGUUACGUGGCAGAAAUGAUCAAGGAGAGAAACCUGGACUGGUUCCCCCGGAUGAGAGCCAUGUCACUGGUCAGCAGCGACUCAGAGGGAGAGCAGAACGAGCUGAGGAACCUGCAGGAGAAGUUGGAGUCCACCAUGAAGCUCGUGACCAACCUGUCUGGGCAGCUCUCAGAGCUCAAGGAUCAGAUGACAGAGCAGAGGAAGCAGAAGCAGCGCAUCGGUCUCCUUGGACACCCCCCGCCCAUGAAUGUGAACCUGCAGCAGCAACCGGCCUGAGCCGGGAGGGCCACGGCCCCUCCGGGACAGCCCCAACAUCCCCGGCCCCGAGGCUGCUCCCUGAACCUUCUGUGCAUCCUGUAAAUACCCUGGUUUUAUACUUAGAUGUAUAUGACUGCUACUCUUAUCAAGCUGGGGGCGCGUGGAUUGUGAUUAGAACUGUUGGCACGGGACAGAGGUUAAACUUUGUGCCAAAACUAUCAAAAUUGCCUUUUCCUUGGAAGGACUUAAGAGAGCACCUGAAUUGCACUUGAAAAGAUUAUUUGACUAUGUGACAUGUAUUUUGUAUUUAAAAAAAAAAAAAGAAUAGAAUAGCUAGUAUUUAUGUUUUUAUACAAUUGUGCAAUAUGAAUUAUGCAAUCACAAUAUAUUUGGAACUCCUGAAUGUCCUAAGGGAGUGCACAUCUUUGGAUCUGGUGUGUUAGUACAAUGUAAUAAAUGGUAUAAAAUUACAGGUGUAAAUGAGGCUGCUGCAAAAUUGUGUAACUGGUGAUUUUUUCAUACCCUUGGACAUUUUUGUACCAUGUGUGUAAAUAUCUUGCAAUGCCAUAUUUGUUGCCUCUUCCUCCCAGGGAUGAUGCUGGGACUCCGUGAGCUGUUCAAUUGGUAUCAAUUAAAGCAGAACAUUAUUUUGAAGCUUCCAAGUGAGGAAAGCAGGAGGUAUUUUUCAAGAGAUUUCUUUAGAGUACUGAGGCUAGAAGAGCUCAGACACCGGGUUUUUUAAAUGCUAAGAUUUCUUAAAGGGAACUUUUUAUGCAAAAUGAAGUUUGGAAUGAGGAUGCCCUGCUGGCGAGUCGGUGCAGUCUCCCAGGACCGAGCCGAGGCUGUCCAGGCUUUGCAUUCUCAGUGUGUAGGAUCCUCUCCUUCUAUUUUUUCAUUAGAGACCUACGUGCCUGCUAAAGCUUUAGCAAACAGGCACUGCACCGACUGAAAUGUGUCCUGUAGCUGAGCACUGAUGUGUGUAAUGCUUGUGUGAGAGCCACUGGUUUGAGGCUGCUCUGUCCCACCCCUUCCUCUCCCUGCCCCCUUUCAUUUGGUCACUUUCUUUGGUUUCUGAUUCUCCAGAGUGUGAAAGGAAACUUGUCAGGUUGUUGUUUGGUUGGGUUUUUUUUCCUCCAAUCCGCUGCAUAGUUUUAUACAUGGACCUCAUUUUACAGGAGCUGACUUCUCUGCAAUACUGUCUACAAAAGAAAAAAAAAGAAAAAAAGCUACAGAAAGAGCUAUGAAAAUUUGUAAAUGCAUAAAUAUAGGUAUUUAAAUAAAUGAUGCAAAAUA